ACGCGCACCGGUCGGGGAAGUUCAGACGCGCAGAAAGUCGGUGGACAGCAGAGAUGAAGCCCGGAGAUUAAAAUGAUAACCCGGACAUUGAUAAUAAAACACAAAUAAAGCUCAGAGAGUGACCAUAGAGAUCGGGUGUGCUGCACUAUGGUUUUGUGAGUUCAGCAGUUGAACAUCAUGGCUCUGGUCCAGUCUCUUCCAGUGGCCGUUGAUCAUCCAGCACCAGGUCUGGACCCGAGAAGAGCCAUGGGUCCCGUCAGCAGUCAUCGUGACCGAAGACACCUGGAGGUCAGCACCAAGUUUGGUAAGGGCACGCCAGUCUCAGGACGCCUGCUGACAGAGGUUGGGAGUCGGACUCCGUCCAGUAAGAGGAGAGGGAUUGUUGGCAGAGGGAUGGGUUUCGGUGCUCGUUCACAUUCCCAUGAAGACUUGAUAAAGGAUUGGAGCGAGGGUUUCGCUGGUGUGGAUGGACCUCCCAAACUGGUCUCCGUGUCCGGCCAGUUAGAAAGAAACGUUCAGCAGGCCAUCAUAAGACCCACUGCUUUCAAACCCGUUGUCCCCAGGAGUCGUAACAGUGCGCAGUUCCUCUCGCCGCGUUUAGGGGGAAGCCAAGGAAACCUCAGCAUGUUUUCUUCAGGAGACGAGGACAUCACACCAGUAGUGAUGGAGCGACACAGCUCUUACAGCGGAGCUCGGAACGCUUUGUUGAGCCAGUCGUUCAACAUGACGGAAAACUCUUUAACAAACCUUCCUGUCUAUAAUGCGAGCCAGAGCGAGGUGGCUAAACAUCACGGACACUCCAACUCUGACAGCGGACGCUCUUCAUCCAGUAAGAGCACAGGAUCUGUGGGCGGUCGCUGUCAGCCGCUGUCAGACAUGGGCUCCGGUGGACCUUCACCACCACCCAUCGAGGCCUAUGAGAUGAUCGUGAGAGACUUUGAGGAGAAACUGAGAGAGAGAGACCUGGAGCUUCAGCGGCUCAGAGAGAAUCUGGAUGAGAAUGAAGCAGCUAUCUGUCAAGUGUAUGAGGAGAGGCAGAAGUGCAGCGAGCUGGAGAUGGAGGAGUUCAGGCAGACGUGUGCGGCUAAAAUGCAGAAGGCGUCUCAGAAAGCGCAGCGAGAUGUGCAGCUGCUCCAGGUUCAAGUCUUUCAGCUGCAGCAGGAGAAGCAGCAGCAGCAGGAGCAACUGAAUAAACUCCUGCAGGAGCGUCAAAGACUCGAGGAGAGAUGCACCUCCUAUGAGAGAGAACACACACAACUGGGACCCAGACUAGAGGAAACUAAAUGGGAGGUGUGUCAGAAGUCCGGUGAGAUUUCACUGUUGAAGCAGCAGCUGAAAGAUCUUCAGGCCGAUCUGGCCCAGCGUGCCGGUGAGCUGGUGACCCUCCGCGGGCAGCUGAGAGAGGUUCGCUCGGAGCUGCACACCUGUCACGCUCGCCUGCAGGAGGCUCACACGGCAUCCCGCACACGCACCCUGGAGCUGGAGGUCUGCGAGAACGAACUGCAGCGUCGCAAGAGUGAAAGCCAGCUGCUCAGAGAGAAGAUGAGUCGUCUGGAGGAGGAAUCGUCCCGCCUGCGCGAGGCUCUGAACGCUCCCCACAUCCACCACAGAGGAGGCGGGGCAUCCGGGGAGGAACAGCAACUGACCAAUGACAGUGAGGAUUCAAAAGCGUCAAAGCAGCACGUAGACAGACUGAAGGCGGAGCUGGCGUACGAACGCCAGAGGUUGUCCGACCAGGCCGCUGCCUUCGAGGGUGAAAGACAGAGCUGGGAGGGGGAGAAAAGUAAAGUGAUUCGAUAUCAGAAACGCCUCCAGCAGAACUACGUACAGAUGUACACCAGGAACCGAGAGCUCCAGAGAUCUCUCCGUGAGCUCAGUCUGGAGCUGGAGUCCAGAGAACAGGACGAUGAGGGCAGUGGAAAUGAAGUCACCUUCGAUGACAUCGCUGCCACUGAGAUCUAGCAUCACAGCAGUGUCACCGUCAAAACUCACACGCAUAUAAUGUGGCUGACAUGUGACAGUGACGGAACAAAUGCAUCUGUGACGUCAACAUAGAAUGUCUGUAACCCGUUGAGUGAACGAGGAGAGUUAUAUUAAAAAAGAUCAGGGCCCGUAUUCACGAAGCAUUUGAUCUGAACACUAAGAGUUCUCCUAAGCAGCAGUAACAGUUUUUAGGUAAGCGUUUCCUCUUCAAACCUCUUCACAACGCUGCCGAGAGCAACUUUCACUAAGAAAUCUUAAGCUAAGAAAAAGGGCGGGCUUGACCUCGUUGUUGUCAUGGAUGAUGUCAGCACUAUGACCACAGUGAUUGGCUGAUAGAGGAUGGGUCUCUGUCAGUCAUUUAAUCAGAGAAAUAUUAUAGAGUGAGGUCUCAUGCUGACAUAUUUAAAUUAAGAUCUUAAAAUAAAAAUGUAGUCGUAUUCAAAUAAAAUAUUUUAAUAUAUAAUUAUUCAAUUAUUCAAAUUAAGAUGAUAAAACAUACACUAAGUUACUAAUUCAACAAAGGAAGAGUUCAUUUACAAAUGAACAGAUGACGUUUUUAUUGUGCAUUCCAAUUGAUGUCAAUCAAACCGUUUGUUUUUUAUUAAGUAACAAUAACUUUCAAAAAUACAGCUAACAAAUACAAUAAAACACAAUAAACAACAUGAUUUUUUUGCAAGUAAAAUAUACGUUCAUAUAAAGUAUAUGUUCAGCUAAUUGUAAGCAUUUUGCCGGUCUCGUAAAUAGUUGGCAGAAAUCUUUAUGGUCAAGCUCAUUGUCAUGAAAUCUUUCUCAAAUGUUUAGGUUUCAAGGCAGACUGCCGGUGUAACAGCCAUUUGAGGAUUGUUGUGAGUUGGUCUCAGGAGUCCUCUUCACUGCUCCUAACAGGUUUAUGGUUUUAGCACUGAAACGCUUUGUGAAAUACUCUUAGCACAAACAUUUAGGAGUCCUAAAGUUAGGACAGACACGCCCAUUAUUUUUAAGAGUUUCUCAUAAAUCAGCACGUUAGGAGCUACUUUUAGCCUUAAGAUGUUUCGUGAAUACGGGCCCAGGAAGAGAUUUCUUUGGGGAAUCAAUUGGGUGUGAAAGAAUGUCGAAAAAUGUAAGAUGGGCUUAAAGAGUAAGAGGGCUUGGGUGAUGUCACCCAGUCAAAGUCAUUUGAGAGGCGAGUAAGUUAGUAAGUGAAGUUGUUAUUUUGAUGAAAUAUUACAAAGACAAUCAUUAUUUUGUUUAGAGUAAAAUGCACUGAUAAAUGAUUGACAGGAACGUAAACAGGGUUCAUUCGUUCUGAUCUUACUUUGACUUUACAGUCGUCAUUAACAUCACUCAUUAUGACAUCAGUCUGUCAUCACACACACACACAACAGAACGCUUUAUACACACUGUAUCAAACAUGUCUUACAUUAUAAACCUAAUAUAAUGUCAUUUAUUUACAGCAGUGUGACGAAACUGAAGCAUUUACAGUAAGUGCUGUGAUGUAUAAUGUCUACAGCAGUGAGGAGGAUUUGUGUGAUUCAGUGUAGAGCCGCGUGUGUUCCUCCAUCUGCACUGAAUCAAAGUCAAACACAAGCACACAUGUACUGCACUCGUGCUGUCAGAAUGACUCUAAUGAUGGGUUUCUUACCAUACAGUACAUCUGAAUAAUGACAAUGCUCAGAUUUGAGACCCUGGACCACAAAACCAGUCCUAAAGUAGCACGGGAACAUUCUUAGUAAUGAGCAAAAAUAAAUUGUAUGGGUCAAAAUGAUUGAUUAUUCUUUUACCAAGUGUCUCCACAACGUCAUUACAGCGGUAAGCCAAUAGAGAAUGUCUAAACAAACCUGUUUCUUCUUAGCAACGGCCUGCUACAGCGUCUCUGAUAUAAGGAGUAGUUCACUUCAAAAUUUGACCCCGUUGACUUUCCAUUGUCAUUUUUAUUCCUGCUAUGGAAAGUCAAUGGGGACACACUUUGAAGUGAACUACUCAUUUAACAACUUUAAAGGUGAUUUUCUCAAGAUUUUCAAUGGUUUGCACCCUCAGAUUCCAGAGUUUCAAAUAGUUGCAUCUCCACCAAAUAUUGCCCUAUCCUAACAGACCGUACAUCAAUAGAAAACGUAUUUAUUCAGCUUUCAGAUGAUGUAAAAAUCUUAAUAUUUAGACCCUUAAGACUGGUUUUGUUGCCCAGGGUCACAUUUCUGCCACUUGACUGUUGACAUCAUGUUUACUUGAUUAUUAUUAUUUUGUGAGGCUAUAAUGUUCCAUUUUUAUGUAGUGAUUAAAUAGUAACAAAGUUACACAUGGAGCCAAACUGAUGUCAUGCGUGUUGCUAUAGAAACGGCUCAUCUGAGAUCAUCACUGUAAUUCUGACACAUGCCGUUUUCACUCAUUCUGAAGUCAGCUUUCAUUGACAUGAGCAUCUCUAGUUUUGUAGAAGCUAUAGACUGUUAUAUUUGUACUCGAGUAAAACACUGUUACUCUUUAGAUUCAUGCAUCUCCUCACCAUGGAGAUCGAUAAAUACUGCCUAUAAUAUAAAUGUUAUAUAUUGCCUGUAAUGUGUAUCAUAUAGAAGGCACUGUGAAUAGACCAAAGCAUCGAUGGAUGUUGAACUGCUCUGUAUUGUGUGGCUGAUUCUCAGCAUUGUCAUAUUUUUAAAGGAUUUGUACGAAGUCAAUACACGUCUAUUUUUCAUGCUGUAUAUUCCUAUGAGCUAUUGUGUGUAAUUUAACCGCUGCAAUGAACAUCAUUUAUUGAAAACUUUAACACAUGGUUGAAAAUAUUUGAUUAAUAAUUAUUAACAGUCACCAGAGCUAUUAAACCAGAGGACGUCAUUUAUAAACAGUGACGUUUGUGAAACAUGAAAAGACACUGCAGUAUACUUUAGUAUUUACUAUAGUGUUCUGUUUUGUUAACUAUAGUGAAUUAAUAAACCGUAGCAUACUUUAAUUACUCAUUUAAUUACUACAAUAAAGACUAAAGUAUACCACAGUCUUUUCUCAUGCGUUUGUUUGUCAGGUUUAAUGUGAGAAUGUCGACAGAUGGAUCAUGGGUCACGUUUUUUUCCUGAUAUUUCAGCUGUGGAAUAUUGGAUUCUAGUUGUUAAUAAAGUGUGUUUCCCAGAAUGCUCAGUACAGGGGUUCUCGUUUUCAGAAGUAGUUCAGAUG